AAAACUCUCUUUCUCAAAGCUUCAAGCUCUUUCUCUGAUAAAAAAAAAAACUACAAACUCUCAUAUUGGUGUGAUCAAAUGGCUGCUCUUAUACCAAGACAUACAGCUACAAAGCUAGCCUUGCUCUCAUCCCAAAGGUCCACCUUGCUCCACACAACCCCUUCAUCACUCAUGUCCUCCUCUCACUUUCCUGCUACUCAAAAUGGCCCACGAACUACCCUUCCAUCCAAAUCCCCUACUGCAGGCUUGAGCAAGACGGGAGAGUACUUAGUAUUAAAGGUGGAUGCUCUCGCGAACUGGGCCCAAUCAGCGUCCAUAUGGCCCGUGACUUUAGGGCUGGCCUGCUGCGCUGUUGAGAUGAUGCACGCCAGCGCCGCCAGGUAUGAUAUGGACCGCAUGGGCACCUUCUUCAGGCCCUCUCCACGACAAGCCGAUUUGAUGGUUGUGGCUGGCACUCUUACCAAUAAGAUGGCUCCUGCACUUCGGAAGGUCUAUGAUCAAAUGGCAGAUCCACGGUAUGUCAUCUCUAUGGGAAGCUGUGCAAAUGGAGGUGGCUAUUACCACUACUCAUAUGCUAUUGUUCGAGGCUGUGACAGGAUUGUCCCAGUUGACUUUUAUGUUCCUGGGUGUCCUCCAACAGCUGAGGCCCUAGUCUAUACAUUACUCCAGUUGAAGAAGAAGAUAAACAGGAAGAGGGAUUUUCUUUACUGGUGGACUAAGUGAUUAAUCAAACAUUUACUUGGACUGAAGCUUAGCCCUUCCAUGAUCCAUAUGUGUAGCAUAUGAACUUGUCCCUUGAUGGCUUCUUUUAAUUAGAUGUAAAUGUGGUAUUAUGUGUGACGUGUUGCAUAUAACAUUCUCUCACAUUGGAGUAGAUCAAACACUUGUGGGGUAUACACAUGUGGGAGGAUGUUAUAUACAACAUAUUAUAAAAAUAAUAAAUCUUACUUUUGUGUUUUUCAAGGAAUUUUUUCUUUGUAGCAUAUUAUGAAAUAAUAAACACCAUAGAAGAUUUGGUUGGUUUGCCAAUUGGCAAGUGGCACCCGGUUCCCUUGUGGCCUCUUAUACCAACAAAUAUCAAGAAAAAAAAAAAAGAUGUGGAUUAUUUUUAUAGUCUACAAGUAUGA